GCAAAGCGAAUAUAGUAGGAGUUGACUCCACUUUGAGAUUUGAUUGGACAACAUUUGAGUUUUACGUGACUCAAAAAGAUGAGUAAAGGACUUAGCAGUUGCUUAAAGGCGAAUCCUUGACAUCAAACACCAAAACCACCAAAAAACCAAGAAUCAUGAGGCACGCUGUAUCAUUUCAUUUGCUGCUCCUCCUGCCAAUGUACUCGGCUUACACUUACCAAAAUGUGGCUUUACGUGGCAAAGCUACACAGUCUACUCGCUACAAAGGGGAGUGGGAUAGUUUUGUGGAUGCCUACAAUGCUAUUGAUGGAAACCGAAACGGUGAUCUUAAACAAGGAUCAUGCACCCACACUACAGUUGAAGCCAACCCCUGGUUGAGAGUGGACCUACUAGACUUGUAUAUAGUCACCCAGAUCAUCAUUACCAACAGAGGAGAUUGCUGUGAGGAGCAGAUCAAUGGUGCAGAGGUUCGUGUCGGAAGUUCUUUACGAGACCAAGGCUCUGCAAACCCUCUGGUUGCUACAAUUCCUGCCAUUGCAGCUGGAAGCUCUUACACAAUAAAUAUGACUCAUAGUGUGGAAGGACGUUAUGUGAUCGUUGUAAUACCUGGUUUGAACAAGUUUCUAACAAUCUGUGAAGUGGAGGUCUAUGGGUACCGUGCCCCAACUGAAGAAAAUGUUGCAGUUUAUGGAAAAGCUUCACAGUCAACAGUUUAUCCUGGAGCCAUUGCCUACUACGCUAUAGACGGGUAUCGUGAAGGCCGCUUUAGCCAAGGUUCCUGCAGUGCCACAAAUAAUGACUUUAACCCCUGGUGGAGACUGGACCUUGGGAGAACCCAUAAAGUGUUCUCUAUUAACGUAACCAACCGAGUAGAAGUACCCACUCGAAUUAAUGGAGCUGAAAUUCGUAUUGGAGAUUCCCUUGAUAAUAACGGAAAUAACAAUCCCAGGUGCGCUGUGAUCUCAACCAUCUCUCCAGGUUUUACUGAAACCUUUCAGUGCAAUGGCAUGAACGGUCGAUUCAUCAACAUUGUCAUACCUGGAAGAAAUGAGUAUCUCACUCUGUGUGAGGUGGAAGUCUAUGCAUCCAGAUUGGAUUAAAUUUAAAGAUGCAAAAAUAUGUCACAAAUGAGACUUUGAAUGGAGCCGAAUGCAGACAGUUGCAUGAGCUCCAGAUGUCUUUCUCAGCUAAAGCUUCUAGGUUUUCAUGACCCCACUGUGGUGUCUUAAAAGUUAAAGAUGGAGGAUCAAAUCAGACCACUAAAGGGUGUAAAAACCUUAUGAAAAAUUGAUUGGAUUAAAGACUAAAAUAAAAUAUGCUAUUGGGACAGCAGUUCUGGGCCGGGGUAAACUGAUAGAUCAUUUAAUGCAUGCUGGAUCUGAUUCUGAAGAAUAACUUGAAACUACAGAAAAGGAGCAAAAAUUUAUUUUAGUCAAAUAAAAACAAGACAUAGUUAAAAUGUCAACUCCAACUCUGGACAACAUCGUCUGUCAGACUCAUUGCUUUAUGAUGAAAUAAUAUUAAUCUUAGUCUCUUGUUUUUUAGGGAGUAUUAUGGAUGAUCAUAUCUGCAUACAUAUGUCUCAGAUUGUUCAUUUAUUUUGUAGUUUGACUAAUCUGCAACCUGCUCUGUGUUUCUUUAUUAAAUCUUGAUAAUUAUGACAAGUCUAAAA